CAAUUUUUACCUGUCAGUGAUCGAGGGGAAUACAUAAUAUUACGAAGUCAAACUGACCAGAAUUGAGCUGUUUACGGGAAGAGUAGCCCAAGAUUAUUCACGGAAUCUGAUAUGAAGAGAAAUGGAAGUGAUAAAGAAAAUGAACACAAUACGAGAAGCCCAAAUUUUGGUCUAAACGCUACAGAAAAAACCCGCCGUGACGGUGGGUGUUCGUGGUUAGUAUGUUUGGCAGGAUUUCUGAUUCAAAGCAUCGUUGGCGCACAAGGGAAUAUUUCCGGAAUAAUUUUCGCUGGAUUGCUGGAUAAAUAUAAUGACAAUAGCCGAAGUCAAACUGCUUGGGUAACCGCUAUCGCAGUGGGCGUAUCAGAGAUAUUUGGAAUGAUUCCCGCUAUCCUUGGUAACCGCUUUGGAUUUGCCAAUGUCAUCAUGCUUGGUGGAGUGAUAUGUGCAGUUGGAAUGUUUACCUCGUCGUUUGCGCCGAAUAUCUACGUACUUUAUUUAACUUACGGUUUAGUCUGGGGAUUUGGCGCGUGUCUCUGUUACCUUGCUGCUUUGUUUGUACUUCCCCAAUAUUUUCACGCGCGAAUCGGCUUAGCUAAUGGGAUUGUAUUUUUUGGCGCACCAGUUGGUACUUUAGCUCUAACUCCAUUCGUUGCUCAUCUGCUGCAAAGUGUUGGGUUGGCCAGAACGUUUCAAAUAUUAGCUGGGAUUCAGCUUGUAAUUGUGUGUAGUGGGUUUAUGAUCAGACUUGUUCCCCCACCUUCUAAAUCAGACCAACUGCACAGCGAAAGUGAAAGAAAAAGUGGGUUUGAUUGGACAAUAUUCAAGAACAAAGGUUACAUGACUUUUGUAGUAGCGUUAUGCCUCUUUAUGCCCGCCUACUUAGUGCAUGUACAUUUGGUUAGACUUGCCAAAGACUCUGGCGUCGACUCAAUCAAAGCAGCCCUUCUUGUCAGCUUUGCAGCUUUUGGAUCAGUGACUGUGCGGCCAUUUUUCGGAAAGCUAAUGGACAUGCGCUAUGUAAACCGUCUGACUGCGAUGCAAAUAACGCUAUUACUUUUAGGUGUUUCUUCAACACUCGUUCCCAUAGCAACUAACUACGAAUGGUUAGCAACUUACGCCUUCUUCUCUGGAUUUCUAGAGGGAUGUUUUGUAAUUUCAUUGCCUUUAACUGUGCAGGAUUUGGUAGAAGAAAACCAGCAAGCCUUAGCUCUUGGAUCGCUGUUCUGCUUUCGUUCUCUUCCCAAGACCGCUGGUCCCUCGAUCGCGGGCUGGAUUUAUGACGUAACUCACAGCUACGACAUAGCGUUCUUUAGUGCAGGCGCCGUCACUCUACUUUCCACAUGUUUGAUGUUCUUGGUUCCAUUGUUCCAAGAUAGGUCACUUUCCAAACGAAAGGAAAUUCCUCGGCUGUUAAGAAACCCUGAGCUUUAUCAAAAGGAAAUAAUUGCAGCAAAGGAAACUUGUUUGUAGAGAAGGAACAUCGAAAUGAAUUUAGAAAGUGGACAGAGACUGAUUUCGUUGCCAAUUCAUUUGUGGUCCCCAGUCGACUCCUCAUUCAAUUUGUCCUCUGUCGUGAAAGUUCCAGCAUAUUGUGUAACGAUUUCAUUGUGUGACAGUCUGUCCUAUUGUUAAGUUGCAUAAUUCAUGACAUCAACGAAUGAUAGAAAUCGGAAGUCCGUACUUGACAGUUUUAAUUAGUUCAGAUUAUCACCUGUCAAUCGCUGUACAUGAAUUGUUUCUUGGUUUUGUAGAACUACCCGCCACUGACGCAGCUACAAUAACUGAAUCAAUUCUCGAGAACCUCAGUCAAUGGGGGAUCCAUCUCGAUCGACUACGGGGGAUGGCUUUUAGUGGCACCUCUAACAUUAGUGGGGAACGCGCAAGUGUCCAAGCAAGGAUAACAAGGCGCUAUCCUGACGCUAGAUACUUUUACCACCACUCGAGUCCCUGUUUGAACCUGGUCGUUGUUGCCAGCUGCAAUAAAGUACAAAAAAUCAGGAACUUUAUGAUAACAUUUGAAGAGCUGACCUUCUUCUUUUCAUAUUCCGCUAAGAGAAGGGAAUUCUUAAGGAGAUAUUAGUCACUGCUUCCGAAGUGGAUGACUUUUUGUUCAACUACCCAAGAGAGGAGCACGAAGAAAGCUUAUUCACAACCAGCCAACACCAAGAGAGUCUACCAACUCUGAGUGAUACCCGAUGGCUUUCCAGGGUAGAUUCCACGCUGUUAGCCAACUACCCGAAGAUCUAUGACGCAGUUGCCGAAGUGGAGACAAUCCACGGGCAAGUAUUCACAUGAUGCCUCUAGCUUUCUUCAUGCCAUGGAACAGUUAAGCUUAAUUACGUCAGCAGUCUUAAGUCAGCACAUAUUGGGGUAUACAAGACCUCUUUCUGUCCUCCUUCUGUCGACGACAUGUGAUCUAAUGAAAGCGCACACAGAAGUCAGAAAUCUAGUUUCCGUUCUCGCCGGAAUAAGAAAUGAAUAGAAAAUUAAAACGCCGAACGAGCGAGCAAUAGAAGUCACUAAUACUGUCGACGUUAAACCGUCAAAGCCGAGAACUGCAAUAAGGCAAAUGCAUCGGGCUAAUGCUAAUACUCAAUCAACCUCUGACUGCUAUUGGCAUGUGUCGCCUGCCAAAAGAGAGCAUGCAUAUUUGCGCGUGUGUGUGGGUGUGUGUUAUAUAUAUAUAUUUUUUUUUUCUAUGAUUCCCUAAUUCUAAGCGGACGUGAUAAACACAUUUUUUUGUUUGAAAGGUUGAAUCAUUACUACCCCU